CCUGCCAGUUGCCUCAGUUGCUAUUAGUGAGUGUAUGCACAUUCCCCAAGGCAUUUGGUUCUUGUCCAGGGUUUCAGGCAAAGCUGCAUGAAGAGGAAAUGAAGAGUGGGAAUGAAACAUCUUCAGCAGACUUCAUUCUGCUGGGACUCCUGAGCCGGACCAAUGUACACAUGUUCUCCAUGGCCAUGAUCUUAUUAACCUUCAUUGCUGCCGUUUCUGGAAAUACUCUCCUCAUACUUCUAAUCAAAGUGGAUUCCUCCCUUCACACUCCCAUGUAUUUUUUCCUAAGUCAAUUGGCCUUCAUGGACAUCUGUCAGACUCUGAUUGUUGUUCCCAAAAUGGCAGUAGACUUCCUGACCCCAGGCAACCCCAUUUCUCCAGCUGGCUGUGGGGCUCAGAUUUUCCUCUUUUUGACAAUGGGUGGAGCAGAGUGCCUCCUCCUGGCAGUCAUGGCUUAUGACAGGUACGUAGCAAUCUGCAACCCCUUGCAAUACCCUGUCCUCCUGAGCAAGAGAGUCUGCCUGGGUCUGACAGGCGGGGUCUGGAUCGGGACAUGUGUAGAUGCCUUGAUUCUUACAGCUUCUACCAUGCACUUGCCCUACUGCGGCUCUAAAAAAAUUAACCACUUUUUCUGUGAGGUCCCAGCCCUGCUCAAAUUGUCCUGCUCUGACACGUCCCAAUAUGAGACCCUGCUGUUUGUGUGUAGCAUUGUUAUGUUCCUUAUCCCUUCUUUCACCAUCCUUGCCUCUUAUGCUCGCAUCCUUGCUGCAGUCCUCAGGAUGAAUUCAACCAGACAGCAGAAAGCGCUGGUCACCUGCUCUUCCCAUCUGACUGUGGUGGGCAUGUUCUACGGGGCAGCCAUCUUCAUGUACAUGAGACCCAGCUCCUACCACUCCCCAGUGCAAGACAAGAUUGUGGCUCUCUUUUACACCAUUGUCACCCCAGUGCUGAAUCCACUCAUCUACAGCCUGAGAAACAGGGAUGUCUUAGGAGCCCUAAGAAAGCUGGUUGGGAAAUGCAGAGCAUUCCAGCAAAAUUGACAAAUGCUGUAGUUUACUGUGAGCUAAGUCUCAUUCAACUGAGACGGCCACCAGCAAGGUUUUCUGGAACAUUUAGGGGACUAAAUUUUCUCAGUCACUUAACAGCCAGUGACCUACUACGAAUCAUGGGUUAUAUCACUGAAAUGCUUAGAAAAAAGGUUUGAGGAAGUCUACUCCAUUUUCCAAGUUCACUAGAGUUCUUCUGUUGCAGGAAAUUUUACUAAAUUAUUGUAUAUGUGAAGAUUUAAUGGGAGAUUGAAACUUUUUAUUUCCCUCAUGCUGACCCUCUGAAGAAAGCCAAAACCCAGAUAAAACGUCAAGAUAAUAGGAGAAGUGGCAGGGCAACAAAAAUGAUCUGGGGCCCAAGGAGAUAAGACUUAUGAGGAAAGGUUGAAAGCACAAGGGUUAUUUAUUAGGGCUGUGCAAAGCUUCAGUCCCUGAUUUGAUUCAGCGGA